AUGCAAACUGCUACAGGAGUAUUCAAAGUAAGAGGUAUCGCAGGGGCAACUGACCGCCUCAGCUGGUGUGAAGCCACUGGCUCCCCUGGCGUCAAGCUACGCGCGAUUCCUCGCCCCGGAACUACCAUCUCGGAACAUACGCAAACAAUGUUCAAGGCCAAGCAGCUAUCAGGCGAUGAAACUGUUUGCGAUAUCAUCCUGGAUGCGCCUGCUUCAACUCCAAUUCAAGUGACCCUAGCUUCAUCCAAAAGAGAGCUCUCACAUAGCAACCCUUAUGUGUACGAUAUGCGCUUGCAGCUUUAUCCGAAGGGUCUGUCCGGUGUCAUCACAAUAGUACUUGGUGAAAAGGCCAAUCAAGGGACCGUCGCUCUGUCAAGCCUGACAGCAGUGGGAGAUUAUCUCGCCAACUAA